UUUGGAGUAGCUCUCAGCAAAAACCCAAAACUGAGAAUUUUUUUGCUCUGCGGCUCAAACAAUCAAUAUUUCAAGCUUCCAUGGGUUUCAGAUCGGUUUAUCAAUCCCUCACGGAACUAUUCCCACAAAUUGAUCCAAAGAUUUUAAGAAGUGUUGCAAUUGAGCACAAACAUGAUGCUGAUGCAGCUGCUUCUGUUGUUAUUUCUGAUAUGUUUCCUUUGUCUUCCCCUAACUCUACUCAACCCCUGAACAAGAACAAGAACAAGAUUUUCGAAAAUACGCCUAACUCGAAAGUGGAACGUGAUAUGCAAACUGGCGAUGGGAGUUUGUCUCUGUCUCAUUGGCUUCAACCAUCUAAGCUUCCACAUAGUUACCUUGCAUUGCUCAACGAAGAAUCAACACCUGAUGUGAAACCUCCUCCGGAUUUCGUCGUGGAGAAAGUGGUUCUGCCAAAUCGCGGCGCAGCCACUGGUGUAGGAGGAGGAAUCCGAACCAUGUACUCUUUUGACAACAUUGGUGCUUCUUCUUUGGUGAAACCUUCUAUUCGUGUACAAAGCCAGACUAACAAUCAUCUCUCUGGAAGUAGCAGUAAGGUUCCUGUGGGUAGACGUUCCUCUCGAAAGUCUGUGCAGCCAUGGUCCCCAGACUACUCUGAGAAGCUGAGAAGUUGGAAAAAACGGAGCAACAACAACCGAGACUUCUCACAUCUCUUUGGCAAAGGCAGAGAUGUACCCUGGAAGCAAUCCAAAAGAAACAAUGACAAAUCUUAUACCAGUGAGCGUGAGCGCAAGCAGCGAAUUGACAGUAACAUCAAGACAUUAGGGGAAUUACUCCCACAUAAAGUUGACGGGGAUAAUCCUGAAUUGACACUGAAUGCCAUUAUUUCUCACGUUAAGCUUCUGCAGCUACAGAUGAAGGAAUUAAGUCGAAGCAGGCUGGGAGGAGAACCAGAAUGUCAUCCUAUGACAUUCAUUGAGGGAUACGGCCACUACAUUCAUCACGAGCAGACGAUGACAAAAUCACUGGAGGAAGUAAUGGAAGAUCUGCUAACAAAUGACUUUGAUGCUGCGGCUAACUUGUUGGAGAGCAAAGGCCUUUACUUAAUGUCUUUGUCCACUUUCCAAGGCUCCUGCUGACUACUAGCCAUGACUCUUCUCCAUCUGCAAAUCUCAAACACAUAGAAUCAAAAGCAAAGUUAAAAAAAAAAAAACUUACCACUCUUCUGUUUACUGUUUAGUACAACGAGUAGGAAGAGAUUGAAUGUUUUAUCUAAUGAGAUAGAUGAGUUAAACUUUCUCAAUCUCUUUAUCUUGUUUAUGGGAUCUUCUAAACAAUUUCUUACCAAAAUUUUGAUUAACUU